GUGUUUUCUUUGCUUGGAGUAACCAAAUUCAUAUCAGAAAGGCCCAAAAAAAAAAUCCCACCCUGUUUUCCUCCCCACUUUCCCUCUUUUUUCCUUCAUUUUCUUAUCAGACAAACACAAAAGUUGGAAUCUUUAUAAGCUGAUUCGGUUCUGACUUUUGUCACAGACAUCCCCAUUUAUCAUUUUCUCCUACCUUUGAAGACUUUUUAGAAGAAAUCAAACUGAUGCUGACCAUGUCAUCCAGAUCAGGUUCCUGGCUGACUCAGAAUUUCAGACAUGUUCUUCAGAUUCUUGGCCCUACCAGAAACACCAGAUUUGAACCCAACCAUGAAAGGUUUCAAAGAAAUAGUUUGAUAAUCUCAGGAUCAAAGCUUGGAAGUGGGUUUUGGAUGCAUCCUGGUGUAAACUUUUUCAGCACCAAUGGAAGCACAGGUUCUGAUUCAAAUGGAGGAAAGAGUGUCAAGGUUAAAUCACCAGUUGCUUCUUCUGCAAGCUUCAGUUUCUCUGGCUGGCUGAGAUGGGUUUUUGGUUCUGCACUUUCCUUCUUGAUAGCUUUCAGUAAUAAUUGGCAAAAGCUGAGGAGAAUAGAAGGAGAGGCGGAGAUAGUGGUGGAAGAGGCAGAGAAGAUAGCCAAUGUGGUAGAGAAGGUGGCAACAAUGGCAGAGAAGGUGGCUGAAGAUGUUUCUGAGAAUCUUUCAGAUGAGAGUACGCUCAAAAGUGCUGCUUUGAUGGUUGACAAAAUUUCAAAACAAGCUGCUCAUGAUGCUCAUCUCACACAAGAAUUCCUUCACAAGGUUGAUGAAGUGAAGAAUGACCUGGAUGACUUGGAGUCCAUCGUGGAACCCAUUAUUGACAACAUCUCAAAGAAAGAAUCCCACACAAAGUGAUUCAAUUAAUUAAUUUUUUUAAUUAUUAUUCAUCAUUGUUUGGUGGGUGAGAGAAAAAAAUGCAUAUAUUGUACAUUUGUGCAUAAGAUUUAGGAGAUAAUCCAGUUGUAAUCAAGGUUCUUAAAGUACGCAAAAUUCAAUAAUUAACAACGAAAUGUUAUUUGCCA